AGCUAGUAGGUGUGGUGCCUGGCUGUAGCCGAGAGUGUACCGCUAGAGGGCGCUGCAACAAGUGGUUGAUAGGCUGCGAAGGCUGAACACGGGAGAGUCCGGCACACCCUGUACGGAGUUGUUCCCUGUCUGUCCAACAAGUUCUUCACUCUUCGCCACCCGAGCUCCGGCACCAUGCCUGUCAAAGGAGGGACCAAGUGCGUCAAGUAUCUACUUUUCGGCUUCAACUUCAUCUUCUGGCUGGCAGGCACAGCAGUCCUGGCAAUAGGACUAUGGCUCCGAUUCGAUGGCCAGACCAAGCCCAUGUUUGAGUCAGAUUCCAGCGCCAGUUCAUUUUAUACUGGCGUCUACAUCCUAAUUGGUGCAGGGGCUCUCAUGAUGUUGGUUGGUUUUCUCGGUUGCUGUGGUGCAAUUCAGGAGUCUGAGUGCAUGCUAGGAUUGUUCUUUGCUUUUCUCCUGGUUAUUUUCGCCAUUGAGAUUGCUGCUGGAAUUUGGGGUUUUGCCAAUAAGGACAAGAUUGUACAAGAACUGCAGACUUUUUAUACAGAAACUUAUGGCAAGUACAAACUAAAUCCGGAGCCAUCUCUAAAGGAGACCAUGAGGACCAUCCAACAUGCUUUGAACUGUUGUGGACUCACUGGGAAUUUUGAAGCUCUACUUACAGAAACGUGCCCUACCGCCAACUUGGAAAUGCAGUCCUGUCCAAAAGCAAUUGAAACAGUGUUCAACACGAAAUUCCACAUCAUUGGAGCUGUUGGAAUUGGAAUUGCUGCCAUCAUGAUUUUUGGAAUGAUCUUCAGCAUGGUCCUUUGUUGCGCAAUCCGAAACAACCGGGAGAUGGUAUAAUAUUGGACUUGGUCCAUGAAGGGUGGGGCAGGGGAUCGAUGUCAAAAACAAUUUUAGUGUUCAAAUGGCCUUUUCUAAAAUAAAGUUGUGCUAUAUUUUCUGUAUUUUUGUUUUUUUUAAUGCCAAGCAGUUUUUUUUUUUAAGGUUACUGUUUUUGAAAUAUAAAACCAAUGAUACAAGGUACACAAUUUUGUUGAUUGGUUAAAUUCAUAUAUAUAUAUUGUAAUCUCAAAUGGUAAUACUAUGAAGGGCUUUGUUCUGUGUAUUAUGUUUAGUCUGUUUUGUCUUUCGCUUUCUUAAAAUAUUAAUCAAAGGUAUAACUUAUGUUGAACAUAAUUUGGUACUUAAUUAAAAAAAAAAUACACCCAGAUGAA